AAGCCACCACAAAUAGGCGUUGUAUAGAUGCCUAACAAGAUGCUGAACUACCGAUUUAACCCCCACAGCUCAAAAGCGAAUAUUUAUGCGACGAGUUACACAUUUACAAAGCUGUGUGCAACGUGUAAUGCAAGAAGGUGAAAAGUACAUAGGUCGGCUAAGUAUUCUACUACGAACUCAGUCUCCGUCAACAAUCAACUUCAAUGUCCACACAAAGACAAUACAAUAUAUUUGCAGGCAGACUCCACCCAAUGCACCGCACCGUACUGCACCGUACUUUACCGCACCGCACCGCAUCGCAUCGCACCAAAACGCUCCUACCUAGAAGUUCCAUAACCAACGGCAAGGCUAGCUGACUUCAUUU